AUGACGGACGAGCACCACGUCGAGGAGAAGCUGCGCGCGCUGGUGCGGUCCUGGGGCGUGUCGACCUUCAGCGAGCGGAUCGCACUGCAGUGGCUGGAGAGAUUCUUGGGCAGCGACAAGGACUGCGACGACUUCCGCCGCCUGCGCAAGUGGAUCGUGCUGCAGCUCAACCAGCGCCGCGUGCCGGACGACUGCUCCAAGUGGCAGCGCGGAUGUCCUGAAGUGAUCCCACUGCUGCGCGCGACGCCCGUGUGGGACUGCAGCGAGUUCCCGUGGGUGCAAACGCUCGAGAGCAACUACGCCGUCAUCAAGGAAGAACUACUGGCGCUGAAAGACUGCAGCAAGUCGGGCUUCCAGCCCUACAGAGCACCGACGUGGGCGAGCGACAUCCAUGCGAAGGAUGGACUGGGCAGCGCUGGACACGACGCGGGGGACUGGAACGUGCUUUACCUGUUCCUGCACAACGUUGACUUUCAGACCAACAGAGCGCUGUGUCCCAAGACUGCUGCUAUUAUCGAGUCCAUCGACGGUCACUACGACCACACCUUCUUCUCGGCGUUGGCGCCGCGUACUCAUGUCAAGAAGCACAACGGGCCUACCAACAAGAAGCUGCGAUGCCAUCUGCCGUUGGUGGUGCCUGGAGGAACUUGCCGACUCCGCGCAGGAGACGAGGUGGUGUACGCGCAAGAGGGAAAGUGCUUUGUCUUUGACGACUCGUUUGAGCACGAGGCGUGGAACGACGACGACUCGCGCAGUCGCAUCGUGUUGAUCAUCGACGUGUGGCACCCUGACCUCAGCGCUCAGGAGAGAAAGUUCCUGGGCUUCCUGCGUAACGCGCAACUGCGAAUGGACAAGACCAUGUGCCAAGACUCCGGCGACAACUUCUAUUCCAUCAUCAAAAAGGCUGGCGAGGCCAGUAUUUCCCCUCACGAAGCCGUGUGGAGCUGAGCUAUCUAGAUAGUGUUCGUUCUCGUUCCAGCUCUAUUCACAUAUCCACAUCAAAAGACGUACCAGCUCGAUACUC